AGUUUGGACUCUUGCGCAUGUGCGGUGACACCAAGACGCCGAGGGCAAACUCUUGAGUCGCAUCCCGCCUGUGCUCUUCGCUCUCGGAGCGGUGUCCCUCGGUGGUAUCUGGAGGAGGAGAAUGUCUGCCCCGUUUGAGGAGCGUAGUGGGGUGGUUCCGUGCGGGACGCCGUGGGGACAGUGGUACCAGACACUGGAGGAGGUGUUCAUUGAAGUCCAGGUGCCCCCAGGCACUCGCGCACAGGACAUCCAGUGCGGCCUGCAGAGCCGGCACGUGGCUCUGUCCGUGGGUGGCCGCGAGAUCCUCAAGGGAAAAUUGUUUGAUUCUACAAUCGCUGAUGAAGGAACAUGGACUUUGGAGGAUAGAAAAAUGGUGCGCAUUGUCCUGACAAAGACCAAGAGAGAUGCCGCAAACUGUUGGACUUCCCUUCUGGAGUCUGAGUAUGCAGCCGAUCCCUGGGUGCAAGACCAAAUGCAGAGAAAACUUACCUUAGAGCGAUUCCAGAAAGAAAAUCCUGGUUUUGACUUUAGUGGAGCAGAAAUCUCAGGGAACUACACAAAGGGUGGACCAGAUUUCUCAAACCUUGAGAAAUGACUGCUGUUCUGUAGUGUGCUCUGCUUGAGGAUCCCAGCAGCUGCUGGCAACUUAAUGCAGCAGAUCUGAGGGUUGGAAUUAUGGAUGUCACAGUUACCAGACUGCGAGAUGUACUUCAGUGUGAUUGUAAAGAUUACAUUCAGAUAUGGUUGCCAUAGGAGAUGUGCAGAUGUCCUGUUGAAGAUGGGAAUGCUUGUUGCUCUGCAUUAAGUUUUAUAUGCUACAUUUUACUAAUUUCAUAUUUAAUUGUAUUUUUACUACAGAAACAUUGGAGUACAAAUCAUGUGAAAUGAAAGGUGCCUUCAUGGAAAAAUUAAAUUUUUUUUGAUGUGAUGCAGAAAUAGUGUUCAGUAAACUUCUGAGUAAGAAUUUUGGGCUGGGCGGUGGUGGCACACGCCUUUAAUUCCAGCACUUCGGAGGCAGAGGCUGGUGGAUCGCUGUGAGUCCAGGGCCAGCCUGGUCUACAA